AUGGCGCCUCAAGAUCAAAUCAUUACGCCGAAUUCACGAAAUUCAGGAGAAUAUCUCUUAGUAUUACGUUUCUCCAAAUCCCCAACGAACUGUGCUAAAUUCUUCUUAACACCAAACCGAACGUUACUUGAUCAGCCGCGGUUUGGCGAUACAGUUAGGACUAUCCACCCGGGGUUGAACAGCCGGUCUAUCCCGUUAGGUGUGGAAUGCCUAUUAUAUUGGAGCUUGGGCGUGGUAAUUGAAACCAUUUUCCCCGUAGGGGUCAAACUCAGAAUCACACUGUUCGCCAUGGCUUCGCAAAGAAAGCUCAAUAGCAAGGCCUGUAUUAUUACUGGCGCCGGGAGCGGGUUUGGAGAGGUUUGGAACGCUAGAUAUCGUCAAAAUUGGCAGAUGUUGAUCGAUAUCCACAUGAAGCGGAUAUACCUAAGGAAUGCGGUUGUGAUGCCAUAUUUCAUGAAGCAGAACGCUGUAGUCAUGCCGAACACUUCGCCCAUCGGCGGCUAUCACGCCAAAGAAGAGUUGGUUUACUGCGAUGGUAGCAAAUCAUUCGUGAAUAUGGUAGUCGUCCGUUCCAGCAUUCUCGCCAUCAUUGCUUAUAUUCGUAGAUCACCGAAGGACUCGCUUCCGAGUACGGACCCGACAGCAUUCGCUUUAAAUCAAUAG